AUGGUGGUCAAUACCUUGGUUGCAAAGAAGGGGUCUGGUGCUGUUAGUCCACUGGGGGGCCUUCUCUUUGCGGCGGUCCUGGACCCUGACAGCCAGGGGAGCUCUGCUGGCUGCUGCUGGAGAUGCGACUGGGGAGAGAAUGACUCGCCCACCGCAUACAAACACGCAACCGCCAAGAGAAAAGGCAACAACUGGAUCCAUGCCCUUUUGCUGUGGGGCAAGCUGUGUGAAUUCAUGAGCGGGGCCUCCGCCAUUGCGGGGGUCUCUGCAUCGCUGAAUGACGUGGAUCUGAGUCUCUGCUGUCUGUGA